AUGGCGCCCUACGCAUAUGCCUUCGUCGGGGACGAAAAGAAGGCGUUCUCGGGCGGACGAGCUCCCACCCCCGACAACAACGCGUUCCUGGCAGCCGUCCGAUUCUUGUGGCCGGGUGCCAGGGACGCGAACUCACAUUUCCCAGCUGAUUUCAUCACCGCCACCACCACCGCGCGGGUUAGCAUCCACCAAGACGCCCGGAUGGCUUGCGCGCACAUCAUCGAGGGGAUGCUCGACCUGGAGCAAGAGGAGCACCACCCGGAGACAAUCACCGACCUCUGGCGCGGGGUCCGGAACCGCAUCACUACAAUCGAGGCGGAGUCGACGGCCAUGGAGGGCCUAUGGCACCGGGUCUUCACCCGCUUUAUCAAAGGGCACCAAGGCAACACGCGCAAGGAGUGGAGCCUCGCACGCCUGGUGCGAGAACCGCGAGCGCUCGCGGACUUCGUCGCGGAGGUGAUUACCAUGUACAAUCGCGUCGAACAGGAUGCGUCCCAUCGACGCGUUUAG